ACUAAGAUGUUAUUGUGUCAUAUCCGUGGUUUGUCGAGGUUGUGUGAAAAUCGUGGAUUAUUUAAAUGAUAAACAGUGACUUAAUAAAUAUGCCUACAUGAGUUAACUAAACUUUCGUUAAGUGUUAAGUGGUUUUAGACAAUGUUUUCCUAGUACUUUCGUGCAGUGAAGUUGUGUUAUUGAUUUUUUACAGGAAAACCUAUCGGGCUGUUUGAAUGAUAGUGGAGUAACCGCCACCCCCCCACCAUGAAGAGCAAGUUGACCCCGAUGACGCUCAUCGGGCGCGCCGCCAUGGACCGCCGCUUCUCCAGCGCUAUGCUGCCGAGCCUGCUGCGCGAGAUCCGGAGGAACACCAGCAGGGAAAAGCUCGGCAUAGCGGUGGAAGACGGGUACCUGAAGGCCUACAACGGCAACUUCGAGCCGGUCCUCGUGCACAGACUGGUCGAUAUCAUGCGCGCCAGCCAAGUGCCGGGCAGUCCCGAAGAGCUAUUCUACAUCAUGUACAACGAGGCCGAGGGCCUGCUCAACUGCUUCCUGUUCAGUGCCGACAGUGACACGCAGGUGUCAGAGCUGUUCACCCAGAUGCGAGAGCCGUCGCCAGGGGCGUCCAGCCCCCGCGGCUCCACGGGCUCGCUGCAGGGCUCCGUGAUGAGGAACCUGGGCUUCCAGAGCACCUGCAGCACCGAACACCUGCCGUGGGCUGGGGGCAAUGGGGCGCAGAUGCAACUGUCGGGAGACACGCCGCCACCGCCCCCACUCCUGCGGUCCACCAGCAACGCGUCAGCUCUGACUUCCCUCUGUGCUGAUCUGUCGCCGUCGGAUUCACAUUUCUUUGAGGUCCUCUAUAUCGGCAAGGUCCGCAUCUCCCAGCGCAAGGUCCCUGACACCCUCAUCGACGAUGCGCUGGUCAAGUUCGUUCAUCAUGAGGCCGAGAAGGUCAAGGCCAACAUGCUGCGGCGACACAGUCUUUUGUCUUCCACUGGGACCUCGAUAUACAGCAGUGAAUCUGCUGAAAACCUGAACGAGGACAAAACAAAGACUGAUGCUUCUAUUCCAGUAGAUAAACAUAAAAUAGCUCUUACCAAUACCAGCACAACGCCUCUAGAACCCGACAAAAACCUAGCUUGGAGGAGUGUUGAUAAUGUUAACGUUAAAAAUACAACAAAAUCUGAGAGUAACUCACCAAAUUCAGAUCUUGAUCAAGAGUUUGACAUGUUUACCAAAGCUCGUGUUGAGAGUAAGACUACCAAGAAUGGCCAAGUACAAAAAAGACCGACACCUUUAGAGCCUACUGUGCUAGUUCUUAAUGUUCCAAAUAAAAAUUUAGGUACGGUGGAUGAAGAAAAGACUGAAGAUAUCCACACAAUGAUAUCUGACGCAGCAUCAAAUAUCACACAGUUUUGCCAAACGAACAUUUUAAAACACAACUCUGAAGCUGCAGACAAAAAUGAUUCUAGCCCUGUAAUAAUUAAUAUUAAGGAUACUAAUCCUUUCCUACCUGACGUGGUAGAUGGCACUCAUAACGACGCCAAAGAUAGUUCAGACGAUGACAUAUUAUUAAAAACACCGUUGAAGAUCAUUGAAGACCCGGUCGAACCCAAAACUCAAGCUCAAAUAGUAGAAUCUAAAGAAAAAAUAAGGGAAGACAGUCCUGCGCCUUUGAAUUUCGACGAAAUUUCCAGGAAACCAAAGAUGCUGAUGAGAAGUAAAACAGGAUUAGAAAACGCAGAUAUGGCCAGAAAUACUAUGCCCGAAAAUAAGCCAUUUUUGAGGGACAGAUCUGCAUCGAUAGGAACGCUGAACUUGAAGACUCCUAUCGCUCAUUUGAUUGGUGAACAGAAUCGAACUAUGUUGUUCCAAGUGGGUCGCUCAGAGCUCCGCCUCAUCAGUCCAGACCGGAAGCAGAUCCUCCUUCACCGAGGGUUCAAGGACGUGGCCAGCUGCGUCCUCGGGAGGACCAACAAGGAACACUUCGGUUUCGUCUGCAGAGAGAACUCUAACGACGCGUAUGCUUGCUACGUGUUCAAGUGCGAGUCUGAUGAGGUCGCUUUAGAGGUUGUUAAUGCAAUCAAACAAGCCUUCAACUCUCAUGCUGAGCUGAUGAAGAAGACCAGGGAGAAGUCGCCGAGCCUGACCUGCGAGCACUGCCCCAUGCUGUGGUUCCACCGCUUGUGCAUCGACAUUGAAGGUCUAAACGAGAAGAAGACGCACGCGUUCAUCCUGCGCCGCAUCGAGCAGCUGCCUGAUGAUGAGCAGGAGCAGGUCAUUGUCAAGUACCAGGGCGGGACCAACCACAUGUAUGAGACAAGUGAACACAAUACCUUCUUGAUGAUGUUGCUGCGAGCGCACUGUGAAGCGAAGCAGUUGCGACACGUUCACGACACGGCUGAAAACAGAACCGAGUUCCUGAACCAGUACCUCGGCGGCAGCACCAUCUUCAUGAAGGCGAAGCGCUCGCUGUCCAGUGGCUUCGACCAGCUGCUGAAGCGGAAGUCGAGUAGAGACGAGGGGAGCGGCCUGGUGCUGCCUGUGAAGAAGGAGACAUCGCCACUGCCGACACCUCCAAUAGAUUCCACAACAGAUCACACUGUCCCUCCACUCCUGCUGACACCAGACGUAGUGAGAGCCAAGUCUAUGUCACCUGGCCUUGGGAGUUUUGAACCCCCACCAUCCCCAUCAGCUCUGAGCGGGACAGCGCUGCCGAUAGCUGAGGAAGAAGAAGAAGACGACGAUGAAGAGGAAGGGAAACCAGAGAAUGGUUCUACCAACUCACCUAUGAUGGAUUUGUUCCUGAAAGUCAGCGACAACCGCCCUUCAGUAGCGGGGGGCGAGGGGGGAGCGGCGCAGGAGGCCACGUGGAGACAGGCUAUAUACCAGAAGGUCAUCAACCCAGCUGAUGGACAGGGUGAAGACGUAUCCGCGACCACGCUGCUGAAUCUGCAGCCGGCGCGGCCGGCGGGCGCGGGGCGGCGCUCGCGCGAGCAGCUGCGCCAGCUGUGGCGGCUCGCCAUCGACCAGACCGUGCUGCUGGUGCGGAUGGAGAAGGAGAAUCGGAAGCUAAGAGAAAGCGAGGAAUCCUCAGCAGUACGUCGCAUCAAGCUCGAGUACACCGAGCUGGGGGUCUGCGACGCGGGCGUCAUGCUCAUGUGGGACUCGCUGCUGGCGUCCCGAGACUCCAGCAACCAGGUCUCCAAGGUCGACCAUCACAUGCUGACGCAGGCCGUUAUUCAGGGAGUCCCCCGGAUGUGCCGUGGAGGAGUCUGGUACUUCCUGGCAGAACAAGCGGCCCUUCGCUCGCCUCCGCCUGAUGCCAAGAAGUACCCCAACUACCAGACCCCGUAUAGGACCCUGCUGAGCGGGCUGACGAAACAUCAACAUGCUAUAUUGAUUGAUUUGGGUCGCACAUUCCCCCAGCACUCCUACUUCGCGUCAGCACUGGGUCCGGGCCAGCUGUCACUGUACAACAUCCUGAAAGCGUACUCUCUACUGGACCCUGAAGUGGGGUACUGCCAAGGGCUGAGCUUCGUGGCUGGGGUGCUGCUGUUGCAUAUGGAAGAACAAGAAGCCUUUAUUCUUCUCCGACAUUUGAUGUUCAGACGAGGCCUUAGAAAGCAGUAUCUGCCUGACAUGAGCGCGCUGCAAGUUCAGCUCUACCAGCUCUCCCGGCUGCUCCGAGACCAUGAGCCGGAGCUGCAGCAGAAGCUGGAGUCGCUGGACAUCUCGCCGGCGCUGUACGCGGCGCCCUGGAUGCUCACGCUCUUCACCAGCCAGUUCCCGCUGGGCUUCGUCGUCAGGGUCUUUGACCUAAUCCUCCUGGAGUCAACAGAAGUGGUAUUCGCUGUCUCACUCGCUCUGCUCUCUAUACACAAGGACGGCCUGAUGAUGUGCGAGAGCUGCGAGGAGGCAGCCGAGUACUUGAAGCAUAAACUACCUGAUAUAAACAAGACUGUCUAUGAGAAGGUCAUGAGGAAGGUACACGCCUUGGACAUAUCGCGGCAACUCUCGGAAUACGCUGUGGAAUACUCAGUCCUGAGAGAGGAGAUGCCUCGCGUCGCCAUCCUGAACGAACAGAACAAGAAACUCCUAGCUGAUAACAGGAGAAUGGAGGACGAGUUGGACUCGGCCAUGGAUGCUAUAAACAACUACCAAGCUUCACAAGCAAAACUAGAAUCUCAAGUUAAAGUCCUCGACCACCAACUGACUUUCCUCAGUAGAUACAUCUCAGCCCACCAUCGCACAGACUUGCCAGUGGAGAUCAAGAAAAUAGUGCAAAAUCACAGCAAAAAGAUUUCGUUUAGCUCCAAACUGUUUAACUCUAAGUUUGCUAAAGAAGGAGAAGAAGAAGAAACAACUGACCAGAAAAAGACAUUUAAAACUGGUAUGAGCACUCCAAAUCUUUUCUCUAAAAUAAGCAAAGACGAUGUCAUGAAUGCUGCUAACAAAGAAAAGAAUAAAGUAUCUCCAGAUAACGACAGAAGACAUUUCAUGAUGAAGAAAUCAAUGUCUGUUCAUUCUGGUUUAAUAGCUACUAAUCUAAAACAGUAUCCGCUGAAAACUCUAGAAGAGAAAUCCGAAAAUGAAAUUCAGCGAUCAGAGAGUUUCAGAAACAGUAACAUCAUUACUGAAAGUCUUAAAGAGCUUAGCAAGAAAAACACAGGUUUCUUUGCUAAUACACACGACCUUGUGAAACAAGAAAGGAAUUUCGAGCAACAAUUAAAGAGAGAUUUUGACGAAAAUCUAAAGAAACUGGAUGCUAAACUGACACCAACAUCGUAUUUAGACGACAUAAGCAUAUUCCAGAGUAGAAAAAGCAUGUCUUUGAAUUUGACGAAAGCCAAUAGCCCAGUCGAAAGAGAAAAGCAUGGAGACAGUGGGUUUGUUACUCCCAUGAGUCCUGAUGAUAAGAAGGAAGAAUCUGGAUCCAUUAUAUCACAUCCACUGAGUGACUGCGAUGUUGAUAUUAAAUUUGAUGGUCAAUUGACGAAACUUAAACAAAUAAGACCGUUAAGUAAAAGCAGUAGAAAUAGUAUAGACAGCGGUGAUUCUAAGCUUAUGUAGAAAUUUAUGUGUGAUAUUAGUUGCUAGUACUUAGUUAAAUAAAUUAAAAUAUAGUCCAAGUUAUUUCAGUCCGGACACUGAUGUUCUCUCAAAAAAACAA